AUGGUAUCCGGCAUACGGACAUUCAAUAUUUUACAUGGAAUUUCAUCAGCUUUCGCUUCGUCAUCAUUCUCAUCUAUUUUAUCAUUGUCAUCAUUUAGAUCUGUAUUAUCAAAUAAUAAUAAUUUAUUAUUAGCUACUGGGUCAGCAUGUCCAUCAAAUCCUGGAAUUGUAUUUAGUCAUGAUUAUUUAUUAGUGGAUGAUCGUAUAUCUAAUGUUUAUGACGGUACAGUUAACAAUAUGCCAAUAAUUCGUUUUUGUUUAAUCAAUAAUUCCACAUUGAAAACAAUCGCCACAAAGACAAAAACAAAAUUACCAGAAGUAGAAAUGAUCAAUUCAUCAUUAUCUUCUUCUUCUUCCUCGAUCUCCUCUGGAUCAUUUUCAUUGAAUUCAAUAGAUUAUAAUAAAUUAUAUGCACCAGAUGAAUCAUAUUUAGUUGGGCAAAUUUAUGGUCUAAUCAGUAAUGUAUACGGUUUACAGUUUACAUCAAAUUGAAAUUUAUUAGAUCCAUAUAAUAUUCAUGGAAAAGGCAUAGUGUUAGAAUAUAUUGCUGAUGAACGUGCCACAUUUAUUGCAUAAAUCACUAAACAUUUAUAAGAAACGGGACAAAAGCACAAAAUUAUUCUUAAAUAGUAAUCAAUUGGAUAUGAACAAUAGCAGUGAUAUGAUGUUGAAGACUUCGACAACUAUCGACCAAUGA